CACAACUCCUGCUUACAUUUUAUUGGUCAGAAUUGUGUCACAUGACUGCCAUAGCUGCAAGGGAGUCUACAAAAUGGUGUAGCUUGGAACACGUCCAUCUCAAAUCAGGUUCUUUCUGCCUUUACAAAAUAACCCCUCCUCUGCAACUCUCUCCCUCCAGGACCGGACGCAACUCUCUCCCACGCUACCAAAAAGCCCACUUAAGGCAGCACAAGCUCCAGGGCCUUAGGCCCUCACAAAACAUUUGGCAAAGUCUGGACGUUCAGGUCAAAAAUCUGACACACCCCCCACGCAGUAAAAACACAAAAUCACGUCCCAGGUGGGGAUAAGGUAAGGAAGAGGUGCAGCAGGAUGCACGGGGCACACAGCGGGGGUCAGCGCUCACAGCGCACCCCAAGAAGACCUCCUUUGCGCACACUUGCCUGGCGGGCAGUGACCCAGCACUCACCCCGGGGCGGGGGACAGGGGUGAGCCGGCGGAGGGGUCCAAGGGCGGCUGGCUGCGCAUGCGCACUCCCUCCCCGCCCAUCCCCACCUCGCCCCAUACCCCCAGCUGGGACCAACGUCUCAUUCCCUGUCAGUCCUGUCAGAGCAGCAGAGGGUUCGGGUCCCAGCGCCACCGGCCUUCCCGGGACACAGGGCCUGCUGUCCACAUCUCUUCCCUGAGCUGCCCACUUGGGGCCAUGGCGCUGCCAACAAAGCCUAGCAUGAUUGAUCUGGGCCUGGGCACCUGGAGCCCUAGCUCCCAGGAGCAGAGCCACAGGGCUCGGGCACCCUCCAGGGGUGUUGGCAAGCAGCUGCCUGAGUACAAGGCCGUGGUAGUGGGCGCGAGUGGCGUGGGAAAGAGCGCGCUGACCAUCCAGCUGAACCACCAGUGCUUCGUGGAAGACCACGACCCUACCAUCCAGGAUUCCUACUGGAAGGAGAUGGCCCUGGACCACGGAGGCUGCAUUCUGAAUGUGCUGGACACGGCGGGGCAGGCCACUCAUCGGGCCCUGCGUGACCAGUGUGUGGCGAUUGGGGAUGGUGUGCUGGGUGUCUUCGCCCUCGAUGACCCCUCGUCUCUAGCCCAGCUGCAGCAGAUGCGGGCCACCUGGGGCCCGCACCACACCCAGCCCCUCGUCCUUGUGGGCAACAAGUGUGACCUUGUGACCACCACCGGAGAUGCUCGUGCUGCUGCUGCAGCCCUCGCAAAGAGCUGGGGGGCCCCUUUUGUGGAGACCUCAGCCAAGACACGCCAAGGUGUGGAGGAGGCCUUUUCCCUGCUCAUCCAUGAGAUCCAAAGAGUCCGGGAGGCCAUGGCAAAGGAGGCCAUGGCAGGGCCAGGUGGGGAUAAAGGCCGGCACCAGAAGGCCAUGUGCCGCUGUGGCUGCUCCGUGGCCUGAAGUUCUUGGUCUAGAAAAGUGGACCCUCCCCCAGACCAGGGUG